CGGUGGGGUUUAGGUAAUUUAAGACUGAAUCCAUUUUUCCUCUGUUUUUCUCACCGGAUGUCGGUUUGUGUUUGGAGUUGCUAGAUAUGACUUUUCUUGUGUGAGUAAGUACCUUAUACUAAACACCCGAAACAUAGAUAUGGAUAAAAAUAUAAUUGAUCUCUUAUUUAUAAUACGGGCCUGCUACACAUACAAGCAUACAAGCAACCAAGUUGGCCCAGCCCAAACACGAAACACGCGCACGAAAGAGAGAUAAGAUGCCGCGUCCAAAUCACGCGCUCAGCAUUCGAACGGUUACGUAUGGGAGACUCUUCCACUUCUUCCACUUCUUCCACUUCUUCCAUUUCUCAAGGCACUUUCAAAUCAACGAAACCCUCUCAUUUUCGAGCGAAGAUCAACUUUCAAAAUAUAGAAAUCGUAGUUCGAAAACUGCAUCAAAACACCAUCAACCUCUCUGUGAAGAAGAAUCUGAAGAAAAAACAAACCAAGAAUACUCAACUUUCAGAGAAAAUGGCAGCAAGAAACCAAACCAAAGACCUCAAAUGUGCCACACAUCUCCUGAAUGAUAAGUUCAGAAACAUGACUGAGGAGAAGAAGGCCAUUGUCAGGGAUCUUGGAUUCGGUGGGUUGAUGCACAUCCCACCACUGAGGGUGGAUCACCAACUCUUGAGAGAGUUGGCAAAAAACUUCAAACUUGGGGAGAACAAACUGAGGACAGGAUAUGGUUCUUUCCAUAUAACCCCGAAAAAAAUAGGUGAUGCGCUUGGCAUCAAUGCAACAGGAGAUCUAUUUCCUGAGAAAGUUGACUACAAGAAACUUUCUGAAUCUGACAAAAUAAUUUAUAAAAGAUUCCAGGGUAAGACCCUCAAAAGUCUUACCGAUGAAAUGAUGGAAAUCGGCGUUGGCAACGAAGAGGAACGCCUGAUGUUCAAGAGGAUAUUCAUCCUCUACAUACAGAUGGCGUUCCUUUUGCCAACGACGAUAAACAAAAUAUCGCCGGUGCACCUGGUCCCGAUUUUUGAGAUGGAGGGCAUAGAGGACAGAAACUGGGGGGGCAUGUCUUGACCUUCAUGAUCAGGGGCAUAACAGACUACCAGGAGAAGAAGAAGAAGGCAAUCAAUGGCUGCCUCUUCGCCCUGAUGAUAAUCUACUUUCACCUUUCAAAAAACAAACGCAACAACAGGGGUGAAAGACCACCAAAGCCAUGGAUUGCCAACUGGACUAAGGAGCAGUUGGUGAAAAGAAUGAAUGAAGAGAGAGAGGAAACUUUGGGGAUUCUGAAUUUGGCAGAGAC